GCGAUAGCAGCGUGUGAAGUGUCUAAAGUAACUGCCGGGGAAUGCGGAGUGCUUGUCUCCUUUGUCGGCCAGAAGCAGUGAGAAGUUAACAAUGCAGGGUUUGGCCGCAUCAGGAACUCAGUUGGCACAGAUGUGAGGAUGCUGUCAGUUUGUUUCGUGUUAGAAAGCUGCCUCAGGCCGAGCUAAACCGAGGGCACUGCAAUGGAGAGUACAGUGUCUGUUACGUUCCUCGUAUCGUUUUUCAUACUGUUGUGUGAAAGUUAUCAUCAUGGAGUGGAGACAACUACUGUUGUGCAGACACUGGAGAGAACUUUUCCAGAAAAGGCAGCUGGCAUUAAUGAUGACUUGGCAGGAUUGAGACAGAAGCAUCACCUUCAAGAACUUUUUAAUCGUUAUGGAGAAAACAACUCUCUGACAAUUGAAGGAUUUAGAAAACUGAUACAGAACAUAGGGAUAGAUAGAAUGAAAAGAAUUAAAAUAGAUCACAACCAUGAUCAUGACCACGAUCAUCACCUUCAUCAUAACCACAUUUCCUUGAGUAAAAACUCUGAGAAGACUGUUUGUCCGAACCACGAAUCUGAUGCUAACAAAGACCCCAGGAACAAUCAUUCAAAGGAACCUCAUAAAGCAGAAACUGCAGACCAUCAGCACAACUUUGUUUACAGUAAGAAUGCCGUUAAUGAAAUCACUGGGUCGAUCAACACUACUCCCACAGACGGCAGUUCUGAACUGCAGAACUUGGAACCUGCAGAAGGCAAGUCUGUAGCUCAGGUAGGCCUGGCUGGAUCUAACUCCAUUAAUAUCACAAAUGGAAGCAGCACGAGUUGGCUUGCAAACAUCAAGUCAAACGAAUCUCAUGUUUCUCCAAAGGAAUUGGAAAAAGGAAGUUACCUGUAUUCCAAACUUAAAAACACAAAUACCCAAGAGUGCUCCAGUGCAUCAAAGCUGAUGCAGUCCCAUGGAAUAAGCACUGAAGUACUGUUGUCUGCCACAGAAUUUAGCUAUCUCUGCCCAGCUCUUAUUAAUCAGAUUGAUGGGAAAUACUGCAUAGUCCAUGCGAGUAGCGAAAAAGCUGAAGCUCCUCCAAAAGGUUAUUCUCUGCAAAUAGCUUGGAUUGGUGGCUUUAUAUCCAUCUCAGUCAUCAGUUUCCUUUCUUUAUUGGGGGUUAUACUGGUACCUUUGAUGAAUCGUGUGUUUUUCAAAUUUCUUCUGAGUUUUCUCGUGGCAUUGGCUGUGGGGACUUUAAGCGGAGAUGCCUUCUUACAUCUCCUUCCACAUUCUCAUGGAAACCACCACCAUCACCACGAAAAGGCUCCGCUUGAACAGAACAGAGGUCCUCUGUUCAAGCAUCUUGUUUUUCAAAGUACAGAAGAGAGUGCUUACCUGGAUUCUACAUGGAAGGGACUUACAGCGCUGGGAGGCUUGUAUUUUAUGUUUCUAGCGGAGCAUUUGAUCACUUUAAUAAAGCAGUUUAAAGACAAGAAGAAAAAGAAAAAAAAUGAAGAUGAUGGAGAAAGUAAGAAGUUUUCAGCGAAUGAAGAAAAGUUAGAUACAGAUGAUCGGUCUGAGGGCUAUCUAGGGACAGACUCACAAGAUCCAUCGCCCUUCAUUUCUCAGCAGCCAGCGGUGCAAGAAGAAGAAGAAGUCAUGAUAGCUCAUUCUCAUCCAGAGGAGGCUGAUAAUGAAUAUGUAUCCAGAGGCUGUAGGAACAAAUGUCAUUCUCACUUACACGAUACUCUUGGACAGACAGAUCAUCUGAGUCAUCACCACCACGACUACCAUCACAUUCUUCAUCACCAUCAUCAUCAGAACCAUCAUCCACACAGUCACAGCCAGCGCUAUUCACGUGAAGAACUGAAGGAUGCUGGCAUAGCAACUCUAGCGUGGAUGGUGAUAAUGGGAGAUGGACUGCACAAUUUCAGUGAUGGCCUAGCAAUUGGAGCAGCCUUUACUGAAGGUUUAUCAAGUGGUUUAAGCACGUCUGUGGCUGUGUUUUGCCAUGAAUUACCUCAUGAGCUAGGAGAUUUUGCCGUGCUUCUAAAAGCUGGCAUGACCGUCAAGCAAGCUGUGCUUUACAAUGCCCUGUCAGCAAUGUUGGCCUACCUUGGAAUGGCAACUGGGAUACUCAUUGGUCAUUACGCAGACAAUGUCUCCAUGUGGAUAUUUGCACUUACUGCUGGCUUAUUCAUGUAUGUGGCACUUGUGGAUAUGGUGCCUGAAAUGCUCCACAAUGAUGCUAGUGAUCACGGAUGUAGCCGCUGGGGAUACUUCCUGUUACAGAAUGCUGGGAUUCUCUUGGGUUUUGGGAUAAUGCUGCUCAUCUCGGUGUUUGAACAUAAAAUUGUAUUCAGCAUAAACCUGUAAUUUUGCCAGGCUAAAGAUUGGUGUUAAGUUAUAAUUGGUAGUUGUUGUUUUUAUUCCAUAAUGGAGGGGUACACUUGGUAUAGUCUAGGUAUUUCUAUUGGUGUGUUUUGUUGUUGUCCUUGGGUCUUUCAAUCUCCAGCCCUUUUCUCUCCCAUAGCAAUGAGAACUGUAAGGAUUUUCACUCGGAAUGUAGUGUUGCAUACGGUACCAUGACAAGACAAACUCAGUAAGUCAUAGUGAGUGCCAAAUCUAUUAAUGCAUUGUCUCCUGUGGUGGGGGCCAAGGUGUUUUUGUGAAUUUAUUUACUGUAUGUAAAUAUAUGCAACAGUGGCUUUUUUUUUUUUUACUUCAUGUUUUUGUUGGUAUAAAGAAAUAAAAUGUCAGUGGUUCUUAUUCUACCACAAUCAAAACCAGUGAACAGAGAGCACAGUGAGCAGUGUAAAGCAACAAAGACAUGCAGUACGUAGUGUGGAUUUAUACUGGUAGAAACUGAUCUCUGUCCACUUUGUUUACAGGGGGUGGCAGAUGAGCUCACCCCAUCCUCUUGGUGGUGCUUCUCCUUGUGGGUUCUGUUUCCUACUCCAGUUGGUUUCUACUGCAAAUGAUUUCAUGUGAAAUUGUUUGAUUGAAGUGUUUGUGACAAGUAUGUUUCACCUGUUUCUUCCCCACUGAUAGCAGUUGCUCUUCACUGAAUCCUCAAACUGGCAAGAGCAGUAUGGCCAUUACACUGUAAAAUGAUCCUGUAGCUGUAGUAUACUUGAAUGCCGUUAAAGAGACUUUUAAAGCAGUGUUCUAUCUCAUUUAUGCUGCCUGAAAGGGUGAAGUUAUAUCACAGUUUUUGAUAUCAUGGGGAGUAGUGUUUGUAGUCCUUUGCUCAGCCUUCUUGAUUUGGUUUGGGAAACGGGAUGACUGGGAGAGCUGAAUUCAUCUAGUUCUGCAUAAUAACAUAAGGUAAACCUGUGCUUGCAGAACAGUUGCAUCCUUUCAGCUAAAGCUGGAAGAUCCAAAAAGCAAGCUUUCUGACAGCGCGUCUACAGAAGCAGAAUAUGAAGAGUAAACCGUAUGUACGUGAGUGUGUGGUUUGAGCUUACGGCUAUGGUCUUAGUAUCUCAACCACCCUGAAAGUAUCCGUAGGAAGGAAAGAUGGAAAGGCCAAUUGUCAAAACAAAAACAAAACAAAAAAAUAAUCACACUCUGACAAGCAGAAUCCUGCAUUUACAACGUUGCAGAAUUGGCAGGAAAUGUGAGCAUUACAUUACUGUGUGCCUCAACUUUUACAUAGUAAGGUACGCUAUCUUAACUCGCUUACUUAAAACCAGAAAUAAUCAAUUACAGUUUUUCUCUGAUUCAACUUUACCACUGCUUCAAAUCUUCAGCUGAGUAAAAAGCUUGAACGAAGAGGACGUAUUUGAUGAUCCCGUGUCUGACAAGUUAAAGCAGUCUGGCAUAUGGUGGUCUGUCAUUAAAAUGAAAGCCAAAACUGUCGCAUCAAAAAUGGGUGUUUGGAAUGAAUUGUAAGAUUUGGUUUUUGUUGUUUGUUUCUUUCUUUAACUGGAUGAGAAACAGUGUAUGCAGGCAGUGAGCUGUUACUUUUUUCUUUUUUUUUUUAACCUCCCUUCAAUUCUUUACUCAGGUUAAGCAGGCAGAUUUAUUUAAACUGCUUUCCACAGUGAUGAAAUACUGUUCUAUCAAUGUUUCUCAAGCAAGCCAAAAUAAUCAGCAUAGAUCUGUUAAGGUUUUGAUGCCAGUGCCAGAGCUCAUACUGAAGGAUUAAAUGAGAACAGAUUUUUUUCAGACUUGUGUGGUGAAUACUUACCCUUUAUUUUUUUUAACUCUGAAAUAAGCUAUGGCUUGAACUUCAUUUCUGUGCUUUUUUUUAAGAAGGUCAGGUAUCAAUCAUGCCAUAACAGUGGAAAAUCACAGAAGGAAAAUUAGUGUGCUCAGUAAAAUAUUUACAACAUCUGAAUUGGGAACAGAAGAAAAAGGAGCAAAUCAAGCUCACUUUUCCUAUCCUGCAAGAGGUUACAUAUCUAGAAGUUGGGAGAACUGUGCUGAUGAUUCCCUUGCAACUUUUUCCUUUUGAAAGCAGCGUGAGCAAAGCUUGUUAUCAUUCUCCAGAUUGCCUGAUCUGAAGGGACCUCAGCCUCAAAGGAGAUGCUUGUUUCUUAAAUCUUCCUGUAGUCAGCAUUUGGCCAGAGUCUUUGGAACAGGAUUUGUCUUGUUUCCUUUGAAGUCAGGAGGCAAAGGAAGAAUAAUGCAUCCUAAGGGGAGCACUAAGGUGUGCUGGAGUCUUGUCCAACUCCAACAAAUCUGCACAUUAUGAACCUGAGCAGUUGUUAGGAGAGAAGGACAGGCUUCUCUUUUAGAGCGCUCGUUUCAUCUCUAACAAGAAUACUGACAAAACACAGGUGCAUCCUUUCCCUUCAUCGAGUGCUUUACCUUUUUUCUUUUUUUCUUUCCUUUGUUCUGCCUUUUGGUGAACCCUCUGUACUUCCUUCAGAAGCUCACCUCUGAGCAAACAGCGGAAGGAGGCUGCCAGAAGGAGUCCUGCAGUUUGUGGUGCAGAGGAACCAUACUGUGGUACAACAGCCAUCUGCUAUGUUUUUUGUAGCAUCUCCUUGAUCUGCCAUUCUUUGCUUCCUCUUUUUGCUGGUUCUCACAGCAGUCUUAUUCUCACGUUCCGGAGACUGAAUUAGGAAAGUUACACAUAUCCCACCUGUUGCUUCUCUUUCUUCCCUGCUUAUAAACUGUUAGCUCACUUGAACUUGCUCUAAAGGUAAAGUAACUCCAAAUUUCUUUCAAACAAUCUAAAUUCUUGUGGCAGUUUUGCCCUAACACAGUUAGGACCAUUUCCAAACUUACAGCUAAAGCUGUGCCUACAGCCCCACAGCUCAUCUUUCUCUUUUCUCUGCUACUCCAAGUGUUUGAAUGUCAUCGUCUUUGACUCCUAGUAAGCUGUUCAGUUGCUGGCAUGUGCACAUCACUGCCACCUUCUUCAGAAAAAUGAACAAGUCUGAAAGAACACUCCCAUCCCCUCACACCCCCGUCAAUACUGAAGCUUCCAUACCUUGACCAGUUGGUGCCUUCUUCACUGACCUUUAACCUGAGUGGUCCCAGUCAAUCCACAUCUUAGAACAUAGCCACUCUUCUCCCUCUGGAAGUUUCUUCUGAGUAUUGUAGAAUUGCAGUAUCUGACUUUGGUUGUGCCCUGUCUAAGCAGGUCUUGCUUUUCCUGGGGCAGAGCUGAUGUGCUCCAGUUCUGGCUUCUGCAUUGCUUCUCAUGAGCAAGAUGUGUUUCCAGUCAGAACACUCGGCAAGUCUUCUCUCCCCCUUCCCUCUGAGCCCCUCACAGCUCUGUUACAUGCAUAAAUACUGGAGCCUCCUGGUGGGUGCUGUAGGAUUUGGACACUAUGGUUGUCUUUUGCCUUCUGCUGUGCACCCUCAGCCAUCAGAGAAAUUGGACAUACACACUUCCUUGGUUGUGAGCUAUUUCAGAUGUGGGUGGCUCCUGACUCAGUUUGCUUUGAAUUCUCGCGGUUUCUGUUGGCCUACAGCCUUAAUUGCUGAAGUCAGAAGGACUUCUCUUGUCUGUGUGGUAGAUGGGAGAUAGGAAGCAGACGUUUUGCUGAGUGUCCCCUAUGAGAUGGUUAGAUUGAUGACUAUACAGCUAUAAAUCCACAGCUUCUGGGCUGUGCUUCCUGUGAAUUGUUGGCUGGCUUGCAAUGAGAGAAACUGACGUGAAAAUAUCUGUAGAUCAAAAUACAUUACUAAUAAACCAAUGUGGAAAAUAAACCUGCCUGCAGUAGGUGUGGGAAAGAGGGUGAGAUGAUGAGCUGGCAGUGAGCCCUCGGGUUGGCUUGGUGCUCCAGCACAUUCAUCUCUGGUGGGUGCGACCAGUGACUGCAAGACACUAUGUGAGCAAACCAACGAUGGUCUGAAAUGUGCUGUUUGUAGCAGUGAGGUGACAAAGCUGGCCCACAUUUUCAUUGUCAGCCUUUAGCAGAAGCAAAGCUUCUACUUCUUAAAGGUACUUGCAGUGAAAGUUCUUAUGCUUUGGUAGAGGGAUAGAGCAGAGUCUCUAAGCUGCCUUUUAUUUUUAUGCAUUGAUGUUUCUGAGCAGCUUGUGGUAAUGUGCCUGCCUGCUGUGGCUGAUAAAUGGGAGCACCUUUUUUUAUGUGUCCUUGUUAACCACGGUACAGAGCUGAGUGUUGAACGCAGCUGUAUCCACCUUAUGUAGUGCCUGCGCUGGCCUUAGGCAAACAGGGCAAGGAAGGGUGGAUUCUAAGUAAUUUGCAUUGUGCCACAUUCUUCUUAAUCUUUUGGCUUGUCUGUAUAUGUGACAUCAGUCAUGUGCUGUCCUUACUUGCAGCAGGAAUUCCACUGCGCAUAUGUCAGUCCUUGCCUGAGUUCUUGGCCUGCUUGGGUCAAGCAGUGUGGCUGUUCUGUAUUGAUGGGGAAUAUUGUGCCGGCACAUAAUGAAUUUUGUUUAAAAAGCAUUCAAGGCUACAAGGUGUAAAUCCAAGUGGCUCUUCUGCUGCAUGAAUUCAGGGUCAAGUGUAAUUACAACUUCUGUAGAAAACUAGUUUGUUCUGUUUGCCACAAAUAGAAGCAGAAACCAUGUUUUCAUGCAGUUGUUCUUACUUGAAAUGGGGUCUUGGUACAUUUAAACAAUUGUUAUUGCUGCCAUUGUAUUGCUGCGUGCUUGAUGGAAUAAACCACUGAACAAAG